AUGGCGGUUGUGUUGCCCGAGGCCCGCCCCCCUAGCGACGCCCCCCGGUUGGCGAGCCUGAAGGACGCUGGUAUCGGCGCUCAGAAGGUGCGCGUGGAGGAGGAGCUGGAGGCGUACCCCACGGAGUCAGUGGACCUGAGCUGCCAGUUCAUCGACGGAGCCGGACGCACAAAACUCACUCAGGUGUCGUGGAUAUGGGAACCCACCGAGGGACAGAGGGACAACAUUGCUGUUUACCACCCGAUCUACGGACAGAGUUUCCCCAACUUGGCUUUCAAAGAGCGGGUUGUGUUCCUGAACAACAGCCUGGAGAACCCGUCCAUCAGGAUCUCUCAGCUGAGGAUGUCUGACGCCGGGCGCUACACCUGCGAGUACGCCACCUACCCCUCUGGAAACGAACAGGGAACGACCACGCUCAUCAUGCUGGCCAAGCCUAAGAACUCAGCCCAGGUGGUGACGGUCCAGGCCGGCACCAAGUCGGUGGUGGUGGCCCGGUGCGAGGCGGCGGAGGGCAAACCGGCAGCGACCAUCAAGUGGCUGGCGUCGGUGGGAGGGAACCACUCGACCAGCACCACCAGCGGGCCCGACGGGACGGUGACGGUGCGCAGCGAAUACCGCCUGGUUCCCACGGCAACGGAUAACGGCAUGGAGGUGACCUGCAUGGUGGAGCAGAGGACGCAGGAGCGGCCGUGGGUCUACCCUGUUAAACUCUCCGUGGAGUACCCGCCCUCCGUCUCCAUCGAGGGUUACGACAACAACUGGUACGUCGGCCGCUCGGACGCCGUGCUCCAGUGUCUGGCCAGCGGCAACCCGGCGCCCACCGACGUGACCUGGACCGCGGCGUCCGGCGCUCUGCCCGACACGGUGGUGGUGGACGGGAACAAGCUGGUGGUGCGGAAGGUGGACGACGCCGUGAACACCACCUUCAUCUGCGAGGUCAGGAACAAGCACGGGGCCAGCAGCCACCAGAUCACCACCAUCGUCAUCGAAGCCCUGGAGGAUCCGCUCAGCGCCGGCGUGGUGGCGGGCGCCGUCAUCGGCUCCCUCCUGGCCCUGCUAUUGGUCGUCACGCUCGUUGCCGUCCUGCUGAGCCGCAGCCGCCGGCAGCAGAGGCGGGGCUAUCCCAGCGGCGGCGACUCCAUAGCGACGGGCAGCGGGGGCAGCAACGGCGGGAACUACGGCAACAAGGCUCGGCUGCUUUUCAGCGGCGCCGGCAGCAACAGCGGCAAGAACGGGACGGGAGCGAACAACAACGGGCCGGUCUACACGUACCGGGAAGGCUGCGACGCCACGGGCACGCUGACGGAGAAGGCCAACGACUUCCACCACCUCCACCUCCACCACCCGGCCGCCAGCAAGCCGCCGUCCGCCCACGACAUCCUCCUCAGCGCCGACCCGGGGGAGGCGGAGAGGAGGAAGUUCGACCUGGACGACAGCAUGGAGGAGGAGGAGGAGGAGGAGCAGUACGAUCGGUUCGGAGGCGUCGGGGGAGGCGGGAACAUGCUUCCCCCGGCCUAUCACGUGCACCGAGGCCACGGCGGCGAGGAGGAAAUGGGCGUGUACCUGGACGACGACAUGGAGUCUCAGAGAGACGGCUCCGUCAUUUCCCGGACUGCCAUUUACGUCUGAGGUCGCAGGAAAGGAAAGA